CUGAGCGACGAAUAAUAAUAACUAAUGGUGGUUGGUGAAAAUUUCAGUUCAGUUUCAGAUCCAUACAUAAUGCUGUGUAUCUAACUGCAGUUAAAUAUUAUCGAUCAACAUCGCUGAUUAUAUGUUCGUUGGAAUAACUCAUUAAAAUUUGUUAUGUCAAUCAAUUUCCAGACUAUCGUGUGAUUUUCCGUACCAUCAAUAUUCCAGUGAAUUCUAGUACCAGUAUAUGAUGAAGACAAUGAACGACGUAGAUGAUAUAAACAAGCACAGUUUUCCUAUUCCUUCAUUCACCCAUAAACCUCAUGGAUGUGAUGGUGGGGCCCAUGAAAACCCAGUCGUUGAUGUGUCUUCUAGUGAUAUUGCCCCCCGCCAUAGGAGUUAUGGGUAUUCAGGAAGUAAUAAUUUUCUAGUGCUUGAUGGCUCCAAGGAUACGCUCUCGACCGAAUCGAUGAAGCAAUUACUACCAUGGACGAAGAAGAAGAUGAAGAGCAUAUGUUCCAAGAAAAUACUGUACAGAAGGAUACCUAUACUCGACUGGUUGCCAAGAUAUAACAAAUCGUGUGUUGUUGGUGAUUUUAUUGCUGGCAUAACUGUAGGACUCACAUUGAUUCCACAGGCGUUGGCCUACCACAGCAUCGUCGGCCUACCACCAGAGUACGGUCUGUACAGCUCUUUCAUAGGCUGCUUCAUCUACAUCGUCUUUGGUAGCUGCAAAGACGUUCCCUUCGGCCCUUCUGCCGCUAACGCCUUCUUGACGGCCCAGGCUGUCAAGGGGAGAGGACCAGAACAUGCAAUUCUGUUAGCGUUCUUAUCAGGAAUAGUGCAAUUACUAAUGGGGUUUUUCGGGUUAGGAUUUAUCAUUGACUUCGUUUCCGGACCUGUAUCAUCAGGGUUCACAUCGGCAGUUGCUUUGAUUAUCCUCACCUCCCAAGUGAAGGAUAUUUUGGGAAUCACAACUUCAGGAGACACAUUUAUAGCUACAUGGGAGAGCAUAAUAUCGGAAAUACACAAUACGAAUAAAUGGGAUGCUAUUAUGGGAUUUUCGUGUAUUUUCUUGCUGUUAGUCAUGAGGGUAAUAGGUUCGACAAAAUUCAAGGUCGAAGAUGAAGUGAAGCCAAAAUUCUAUCAAACGAUUUUCAACAAAAUCACAUGGUUCAUCGGAACAGGCCGUAACGCCAUCUUGGUACUCAUAUGUGGCUACAUUGGUUUCAUUUAUUGCUCAAACGACAAACCACCAUUCAGAGUCAUCGGAAAUGUUCCAAAGGGAAUACCUGCUUUUAAGAUUCCUUCCUUUGGAUUCGAACAAGUUCAGAAUGGCACAAUGAAAUCCUUUUCGUUUUUCGAAAUGGUUUCUAAUUUAGGAAGUGGGAUCAUCAUUGUACCACUAGUCGGUCUUUUGGAAGAUAUAGCAAUUUGCAAGGCUUUUGCAAAUGGUAAACCAGUCGACGCAACUCAAGAACUCAUUGCGAUUGGCCUGUGUAAUAUAGGUAACUCAUUUGUGCAAGGAUAUCCAGGGACGGGGGCCUUGGCAAGAAGUGCUGUCAACAAUUCGAGUGGUGUGCGAACCCCCUUAGGAGGGCUCUAUACGGGUAUCCUGGUGAUUGCAUCUCUUCUAUUCUUCACUCCAUAUUUUUAUUACAUCCCGAAUGCCGUGUUGGGUGCUGUUAUCAUCGCUGCUGUUGCCUUUAUGGUAGAAGUUAAGGUGGUCAAGCCGAUGUGGAGAUCAAAAAGCAUUGGUAUCAAUAUUAUUUCCAUACUCUACCAUGCUGCAAGACCAAAACUGAGUUUCGAGAAUUUGAAAACUCCAGAUGGUGUAGAAUACCUCAUGCUGACACCCGAUCGCAGUUUGAUAUUUCCUUCAGUCGACUAUGUCCGGAAUCUUGUCCUGAAACACAGCAAACGACAAGGAAUACCGGUUGUGAUUGAUUGUACGCACAUUUAUGGAGCUGAUUACUCGGCAGCUACAGUGAUACAUAUGUUGACGAAUGAUUUCACUUCCAGAAAUCAACCCUUGUUCUUUGUCAACCUCAAACCGUCGGUAUAUUCGGUCUUCGAAGGACUUUCACCUAAAGGUUUCGUAGUGUUCUACAACAUUAACGAGUUAGAAGAAUAUUUCAAAAAGGAUCCAAAUAAUAGGAAAACCAAAGAAAUCAUUUAACACAUGAGAAAGAUUCAAGAAUAUUGGGAAUAAUGUUUUAGCUACCUAUAACUAUUAGCUGCCACCAACUGAUCUAGCAUGAAAAACCACUAGAUUCCACAAAUGCUUGAAACUACCUAUUUCAGUAUUCAAUGUCGAUUUGGAGGAUAGAUUGUGUAGGGUCCCAGAGAGCAAACAAUAGCCAUUAGAUAUCUAUAAGAUAUAUUUUAUGGAUAUCCAGUAUAUUCACUGAAUGAACAUGGAUAUUCAUUAUACAUUAUACAUGGAUAUCUGAAUGUCCGCUCAUAUUGAAAAUAUACUGAGGUAUGGAUAUCCAAAGAUUUAGAUAUCUAAUAGACAUCUGAUGGAUAUUCAUAAUAUGAACAUUCAUGAAAACUCCUACUCUUUCAUACCAGAAUGUUCAAAAUAAAACAAGAUCUAUCAACUGAGUGAACGUUUCCAUACUAAAUUCUGCUUUUUUGAUUCAAAACGACAUGGAAACGUAUCAGAAGAUUUUCCAGGAUAUUUUUGGAUUGAAUAAUGAUGGAUCAGUAGCAAACAAAUAUGUAUUGAUAAGAUUGUGCAAUUGUAGGUAUAUCAGAUUCAUGUAUAAUUAUUAUGAAAUACAGAU